CCCUCAAAAAACCCAGAAUUUGUAGUCGAUUUCUUUCAAAAAAAUGAUUUUGAUAAUACCCAAAUCAAGAACAUUGUCUCCAAAUCCCCCAAAGUACUAUUCUCUAAUGUAGACAAAACCCUUAAACCAAAACUCGAGAUUUUACAAGAAAUUGGGCUUUCUGGGACUGACUUAUGUAAGUUUAUAAUGGAGAAUGAUUUGUUUUUCAGCAAUGGUUUGGAUACUUUUAUUAGACCUUCCCUUGAUUAUCUUAGAAAUUUAUUGGGUAGUGAUGAAAAUGUUGUUAAGAUUAUAAAAAAGAGUUCUUGGUUACUUAGAUGUCAUGUUACCAAGACAAUAGCACCUAAUGUGUUGUUGUUACAUGAUAUUGGGCUUUCAGAUGAGAAAAUUAGGAAGUUUAUAUUGCAGAACCCAAAGCGUAUAAUGCGGAAUCUUGGAUGUCUUAAGGAUGUUAUUCAUAGUGUGGAGAAAGACCUUGGAAUCCCUCGUGAACCACGUACAUUCUUCAAUGGAAUUGCUGCCAUUGUUACGUUCCGUCAGUCAACUUUGGCAAAGAAGAUUGAUGUUUAUAAAAGUUUUGGUUGGUCUGAUGAACAUAUAAAAACCAUGACCAGAAAUUAUCCUUCUUGUUUGAGUUCCUCGGAGGUGAAAAUAUGUAAACAGUUAACUUUUCUCAUGAAUGAAGUUGGCUGUACAUCAGAGUAUUUAGCAUCUCAUUCCCGCCUGCUAACGCAUAGUUUACAGAAGAGAGUGAUUCCAAGAUAUAGGGUCCUGAAAAUUUUAAAUGAAAAACAUCUCAAAAAAGGCGUGGGGUUAUUACUGCUGUUAGCAUGACGCCAUCAAAGUUUAUGGAAGCAAUUUUGCUGCCUUACAAGGAUAAAAUACCCAUUGCAUAUGAAGCAUACAUGAAAAGUGUCGGAUGAAAUAGAUAUUCUGAGUUUCCACUUGUUGAGGGAUCCAGCUAGGACAUUCACACCAAGGCUCAUAUUGAAAGCCAUGGGAGGUUCCAAGUGAAGACCAAGAUCCUUUUUGGAGAUGAAGGUCCCGAGAUGGACUGAAUUUGGAACUCGCUGGACCAAAUUCAAUACUGAUUGUGACUGCUCAAGUAUGUUGAUCGCCCAGACAUGCACAGUUUGGCCAGAUAUUUUAUGUUCCUCAAUUGAAGGCACGACUCAUGUAUCCUCAUGCACUUGCUUAUGGUUUUGGCUUAGGAACGAUUUGAGCUUAUAGCUUCGGGGUAAAUGCAACCUUGUUCUUGUUCAACACCUAUGGUUGCGGCUGAAGUAGAGCCAAACUCCUUGUGUUAAUCAUUCUAACCUGUUGUAGUUUGAGUAAUCUAGUAGGUUUCUUCUUAUUUCACUUUGAAUGGAUUCCUUGAAAAUAUACUUUUAGCAUUAUUAUCUCCUUUUGUAUGGAGAAAAUAAAUUGUUUACCAUAUUGGAGACCUUGUAUAAGUUUCUUGUUUAUCCAGCCCUA